AUGUCGAGGCAACAACAAUACAAGGCAAACAAUUCCAUCAUGGCACACCAGUGGCACCACGACUUCAGAAUGUGCUUCUUCUUCUUCUUUUUAGUAUUAGUAUUGAUGACAGCACUCAGCAAUACCAUAUUUGCCUCUGCCUUCUCUCCAACAAAAGCAAUGCGUGCAGAGCAUACAAGUUUUGCCAACCACCACCACCACCACCACCACCACCUGGAAUCUGCAAUUCCCUCAAGACGCCCUACUAGUACUACCCAACUAUUGGCCAACCAAGAACAACAAGGAGACUUCCAACAAGAAGCUCAAGAGCUUUUGGCCAAGGCUCAGAAACUGCGAGAAGAAAUUAAUCAAUCCAAGCCAGAAGAUUCUUCUCCAGCAACAUCAGAACGACAAGAGACCACUGCUCUCAAGCAACAAUCCAAAUGGUCCGUCAAUUACAAGAAUGCCUCAAGCGAUGCUUCCAAUAUUGACAACACCGCCGAAUCAUUAUUGAAGUCACAAACCUAUCGUUUGUAUUUGGAUGUUGGUCGAGAAGAAGGUACGUGGAUGGAUCCUCGAUGGGGAGCCUCGGGACGACGCAUCGAAGGUACCUUGGACGUUUGCUUUUCGAGUCAAAAAGCAACUCCCGAAAUGGAAGCCAAAAUGGUUUCGGACAAUCAAAUGGGGGCAUCCUCUCCUUGCUUUACAGUUCAUACCGCCAACAAGGCUCGACUUCGAAGUGGAUUUGACGAAAUGGACGUGACAGAACCCCACCAAGGAGGAUAUCGAGUGGAUGGAUUAUCAUCCUCUCGUCGGAAAUCUCAGACCUUGCGAUUUUACGUGACGGUGAAUGGCAUGGAAGAUGGAGAUGUUUCCAUUCCAAAGGGAAGAUUAUAUUUUUCACUUCCAUGUUUUCUCCAGUCAUCCUCUGGCAACAACCCCACCAGCCCACCACAAAUCAUGCUAUCCAACAAGGAAGGCAUCAUCAGUGUCCGUCAAAUCGGAUGGCACACUGGUUGGAGACGAGAAGAAUCUCGAAUCUUGGGAGUCUUCCGGGCAGUCCCCAUUGAAAAAGCUCAUCGGGUGGAUGGAUAUUAA